AGGACCAUGGUCAACUCCAGUCACGUUUCCUAUUUCACUCUGGGAGCCUACGUGGACACUGGGCCUCUGCGGUGGCUCUAUUUUGUCAUUCUAUUGUCUGUGUAUUUUCUAAUCGUGCUUUCCAACCUGCUCCUCAUCACGAUCAUCUGUCUGAACAGGACUCUCCAUGAACCGAUGUACAUUUUUCUCUGUAGUUUGUUUAUGAACGAGCUUUACGGCAGCACUGCGUUGUUCCCGUUGCUCUUGUAUCAGAUUCCCGUAGACGUCCACACCGUCUUACCUUCCUUUUGCUUCGUUCAGAUCUUCUGCAUCUACUCCUAUGUUUCUAUCGAGUUUCUGACUUUAGCCAUCAUGUCUUACGAUCGUUUCCAGUCCAUCUGCUUCCCUCUGCACUACAGCGCUCACAUGAACUUCACUAGAGUCUUCCUUCUUGUUGCCUUUUCCUGGUCUUAUCCAUGCAUUUCUAUUCUUCUCCUUAUUAUUUUAAGUAUUCCGCUCAAACUGUGCGAUAACGUCAUUCCUAAAGUCUACUGCGAUAACUACUUUAUUGUAAAAAUGGCUUGUUCUGACACGAAACUCAACAACAUAUAUGGACUCAUCAUUACCACAGUGAUCGUUCUGGGUCCUUUAGGGGUGAUUUUCUUCACUUAUCUGCGUAUUUUAAAGGUUUGUUUCAGGGGUUCCAAGCAGACGCAGCAGAAAGCUCUCAGCACCUGCGCUCCUCACCUGGCCUCCAUCGUAAAUUUCUCUUUUGGAGUGUGUUUCGAAGUCUUACAGAGCAGGUUCGACCUCAAGAGCGUCCACAAAGUGCUAAAAGUGGUUUUAUCGCUGUAUUUUCUGGCAGUUCAGCCGCUCUUUAACCCACUGAUGUACGGACUCAAACUCCCCAAAAUCCGAGUGCUCUGUAGGAAUCUCCUGCAUUCUGCUCUCAGUCAUCGGUAA